UUGAGACGGUCGAGAAGGCGCAGUGGAAUCAGAAUCCAAAUCCAAAUCCAAAGCGAGAGAGAUCGCGUUCGGGGAGGGGCUCCUCCUCGCCGCGCCGCUCUCCAUGGCGGCCUCUCCCACCUCGCCGGCACAAGUACCCCCGCCGCCGGACGCUGCUCCUUCCGAUGAUGAGUGGGAUGCAGAUGGAUUUGUUAUUCCUAAUUUGACUAAUCAAGAUGAUGAUGAUGAUGCUACACCUAGUGUCCCCAAAGCCAUUGAGCGUGAACCUACACAGGCAAAAGAGGAGAAGAUGUACUUUGGACCUCAUGGGGCACCACCAUCUCAAGCAAAGCUGCAUGAGCUGAACACAGUUGGCCGUAGGCAACGCUUCAGAAACAAGCUAAAGGAAGCAGACAGGAAGCCCACUGGCAAUGCUCAGGAGAACAAGGUGGAAAGCCUGAGAGAGCUCAUGGGGGCUAAAACAGAUGGCACGGGCAUGCCGAAGAGUUCUCGCCGCGACUGGCUUGACCCGCACUGCCGUGAGUCAGAAUUCGAUAGGAAACCGCGCUAGGCGACUGCCAAAUGAUGUCUCCUUUGCUGAAAAGCUUGACAAGACUGUACACCUAUGUGGGUUAUUUCCCGAAUAAUAGGUCCUGUUUGUCAGCAAAUGCAUGGAGAGAAAUGGCUCAUGGGGUGAUCCCAGCUCUGCUAUUUUCCUACCUGUAGUAUCACAGCAAUCUUGCUAUACUAAAAUGCUUUUCAACACUUUUCCCGUGUCUGGUUUCUAAUGAAUAUAUGUAUUGGCGCGUGUAUUGUAUGUGUGUACGCCAAAGUACCUGACAUGUAUACGUUCAGCUCGUCCAUAACAUCGUGCUUAGAUAUAUGUGUUUGUUUAACCUGGUUGAAGUUUC